CAAAAGAGAAAAAAGGAAUUAAAGAUAAAAAGAGUUCAACAAUGGCUAUAAUAUUAUCAAGGUGCUUAGCAUGGGCUCUUUUCAUGGUCUUUCUAAUGGCAAGUUUUAGUUCAAGUUUGGCUAAUAUGAAUGAAAUCGAUAAAUGUUGGAGAGGUAACCCUCUUUGGCGGAGUCAAAGACAACAAUUGGCCAAAUGCUCUGUUGGUUUUGCUGGCAAAAUGAUCAACAACAUCGGCAAAGAUGUCGUGAAAUACAAGGUCACCGAUGCUUCUGAUGACCCUUUAAGUCCUAAACCAGGGACCCUUCGUUACGGAACCACAAUGAUCAAAGGCAAAGUAUGGAUCACAUUCAAAAAUAGCAUGACCAUCAUACUCCAAAGACCACUUCUCUUAAGCAGCUUCACCGCCAUCGACGGUCGUGGUAUCGAUGUCCACAUAACCGGCGUCGGGUGCCUGCUAGUGUACCAAGCGACCGAUAUUAUCAUCCACGGGCUUCGCAUACACCAUUGCAAAGCCCAACCACCUAGCACCGUGAUGGGUCCAAAUGCGAAGGUGAUCCCUUUAGGAAAAAUGGAUGGAGACGCUAUAAGAUUGGUCACUGCAAGGAAAGUGUGGAUCGAUCAUAACACAUUGUAUGAGUGUCAAGACGGUCUCCUCGAUGUUACUCGUGGUUCUACAGACAUCACCAUAUCGAACAACUGGUUCAGGAACCAAGACAAAGUCAUGCUCCUUGGGCACGACGAUGGUCAUUUGAGAGACAAAAACAUGAAGGUCACUGUCAUUUUCAAUCAUUUCGGACCUAACUGCAACCAAAGAAUGCCAAGAGUUCGCCAUGGAUAUGCGCAUGUAGCUAACAAUUUUUACCAAGGGUGGGAGCAAUAUGCCAUAGGUGGAAGCAUGAGCCCCAGCAUCAAGAGCGAAGCUAAUUUUUUCGUCGCUCCGAAUGAUGCUGGGAACAAAGAGGUAACAUGGAGAAAAGGGGAAAAAGGGUUAUGGAAAUUUUAUUCGGUAGGGGAUGUUUUCAAAAAUGGAGCAUCUUUCAGUAAGCAAACAGGUGUAGGUGGGGCAAAGCCUAACUAUAACCGAGAACAGGAUUUUAAAGUUGUCGAUGCUGGGUCUGUUAAAGAAUUGACAAGUGAAUCUGGUGUUUUAAGAUGCUCUAGGAGUUUAAUGUGCUAAAGGUUGCUACUUGUGUUGGCACUUUAAGUUUAGGGUUUGAGUCUUGGUAUUAAUACCCUCUCUAAAUUGUAAUAUAAACUUUGAUUAAAAAAUUAAAAACCUAUGUGAGAAGGGAAAUA